AUGAAUUCAGUACAUUUCCUUACUUCCCAAAGUAAAAGAAACACUGUCGAUUUUUUUUCGCUAGAAAACCAGACGGAGCUACAAGAAAUGAGAGCUCGUUUAUCUAACUUACAGGAACAGCUCAGGGAGAAAGAUGACAAGUUGCGAGAGAAAGAAGGGAUAAAUCUAAGCCUCCAAGCUCGCUUGAAUACAAAAAACCAACAACUGGAGGAGAAAAUUAGACAGGAAGAGAAUUUAUACCAAAAACUGCGAGCAGUGGAAGAGCAGAUUUCACAAUCUCAAGCACAACUCAGGGAGAAAGAGUUGGAAAAGGCCAAAAUGUUAAAGGAAAGAGAUCGCCUAAAUGGAAACCUGCGUGCGAUGCAUCAGCAACUGACAAACUCCGGAUUUUCAGAGUUUCUGAAGACCAAAAUGCAGGAGCAACUCGAGAGAAAAGAGCAACAAUUAGUUGAAUCGGAAUUGCGAUUAAGGGAAUUGAAUCAGCAGCUGAGAGAUCUUCAAGUUCAGAUCAGAGAGAAAGACAGAGCAACUGUUGCUUUGCGAGAACGAUUUGGCGAGCUAGAAGAGCAGCUGGCAACAAAAGAGCAAGAAAAGAAUGAACUGGAGAGAAGCCUUUCAACAGCUCAGCAGAUAUUACGUGAUAAUCAGGCUCAAAGAUCACCAGACUGGGUUAUUCCUCGUACUCAAAUUCAGCUGACGACCAAAUCCCUCAAUAAAGGUGCCUGGGGAGAGGUUGUCCAAGGAAGGUUUUGUGGUUGUGUCGUUGCCGUAAAGACGAUACAUAAUUUGAUUCUAUCCGAUCACAACCGCAGGUUGUUUGAACGAGAAAUGGACAUUGCCUCGAGAUGUCGACACCCUUGUUUAUUGCAAUUCAUCGGAGCAACAAACGACGACCGCACACCUUUGUCUCUUACAGAGGUCAUGGAAACAAGCUUGCGAGCAGUGUUAGAGGAACGAUCUCUUUCUCAGACAGAAAUCACCGUUAUUGCUCUGGAUGUGGCUCGAGGACUAAACUACCUCCACCAAAAACACCCCAUCCCUAUUCUACACCGUGACAUCAGCAGUGCAAAUGUGUUGCUCUGGAGACAAGGUACUCAGUGGCGAGCUAAAGUGUCAGAUUAUGGCACUGCUAAUUUCAAGAAACAGACCAUGACAGUUGCACCUGGGACUCCAAUCUACAGUGCACCUGAAGCACACGCUACAAAUCAAACAGUCCAGGUUGAUGUCUACAGUUUUGGUGUACUUCUUUGUGAGAUGUCCAUCCGUGAAUUACCAGAUCCUGAAAGACGAGAACAACAAGUAGCAAUGGUGGCAAACAACGUGCUUCGAGCUCUUAUCCGUGGAUGUUUGGAAACAGACCCUCAAGUCAGACCAACUAUGGAAGAAAUAAUUAGUGAAAUAGAACCGGAAGCGCAAGGCACCUUUUGAUAGAGUUUGUUAAUCAACCUCAAACAUAUUGUUGUCUGUGUGGUUUGCAGUAUUGCUACUGUACCGGACGAUCACAUAGAAGAUCCUGCAAAUCUUUCCCGAUGUAACUUAAGUGCGCGGAUGUAUCUUCCGAAAACCUUGUAAACUUUUUCUGUCUAGGCAUGUUCAGCUUUCCAUUAUUCCUUACCUAGGUAGUUACACGUAAGGAUUGAGAUGAAAGCGUCCGUUUAGUGUGUAUCAAGCGGAAGCGUAAAGGAAAGAAGACACAGUCCGAUACAACCAAGAGGGAGUCAUCAAGAGUCCAUUUUCAGGCAACUGCUUUAAUCGAUAAAAUCAGGCUUGGCAUGGAAUUGCACGACUGAGCCUUCUCAGUGUAAAUCAUCAAUCUUAUUGUCAGACUUAUUAAUCGUCUGCGAAUGUAAUAACAUACCAUUAUGACUUUCUUACUUAACGUUUCAUUACAAAACUUUUAACCAUCGAUAGAAGUUUUUAUUACGAUAUUUGUAGUG